AAAAGUGCUGUCAAAAUUGCGAACCGCGGGCUUCAGCCGCACAUGUUUAUAAACAAAAAAUCUAUGCAAAACGUUUCGCUGGUUUCUCUUGCCGUUUCUACUCGAAAAUCCCUGUGAUUUAUUAAUCCAGUUUACUGUACAUGAUGGCAGAUAAAAAGUCCGGCCCGAGCGGUCCUGGUGGCCCUGAACGUGGUGGUCCAGGAGGAGGAGGCGGUGGCGGUGGCGACAACAAGGAAAAGCGCCGCAAGGAAUCGAUCCUUGAUCUGAGCAAAUACCUGGAGAAAACCAUACGGGUCAAGUUUUCCGGCGGGCGGGAAGCGGCCGGCGUUUUGAAAGGAUAUGAUCCGCUGCUCAAUUUGGUACUGGACAACACGGUGGAAUUCCUGCGCGAUCCGGACGACUACAAGCUGGCGGAAGAAACGAGACAUUUGGGACUGGUGGUUUGCCGGGGGACAUCGGUGGUGUUGAUUUGUCCCCAGGAGGGCAUGGAGUCCAUCCAGAAUCCGUUCAUCACGCAGGAAGGUUAAGACUAAGAUCACGAAACUGUUCCAGUAGAAUCUGUUGAGUUCACUCAAUUUGUACAAUUUUCAAUAUCAACUUCUGCAAUUACUAAGUUGCUUGAUUCCAAUGGUUCACCCAAAUAUGAGUUAGUUAAGCUGUAAUCAUAUGCAAACUAUAACGACUUCUACUGUUUCUGCAUCUGCAUUUUCUUUUUGGCACCUAAAA